AUGCCCUCGCUAUCAUCACUACGGCCGCUCCAGCGGCAGGUGUGUGCCACGCGCACCACCACCGUCUCCAGGAGGUGGGCAUCUCACGGGCACGGCCCCAAAUUCAACGAGCCCACUGGCUACCUCUUCGGCGAGAAGCCUCUUGCGCCGGGAGAGAAGCGCAAAUGGGAGUCUUGGGAAGCCGCCUGGUACAUUGGGAUGUACGGCAGCAUGGGGCUGGCUUGCGUGCUCUUGUAUUACAAGCCGGACACCAGCAUCAACACCUGGGCGUUGAAGGAGGCCAAGGCCCGCAUGGAGGCGCGGGGCGAGAAGACCGACUAG